AUGGAGAUCACCGAUUAUGUCUUCAAGGAGCGGGAGGAGGUGCUCCUGGUCGGUGACUACAAUGCCUACCGGGCGCAUGCCACUCGCAGACUGCACAAACUUCGCAAGAAGCUGGGCCAGACAACCCCCAAAGGCCGCAAGUACACUGCGAAGGCGCCGGUGACUUCUGAAAAUGUGGCAACAAGCGUAUCGUUCGUCCACCUAUUGCUACUCGCUUCCGAACGAGCGUGGGCGCAAGCCAUGCACAUGAAAUCGACACAUUCCGCCGAUCCAUCCGCCAAAGGUAUCUCCGGGGCUGCUCGCCGCCAUAUCAUUUCUCGCUUGAACAAAGCGACCGGAUACGCACACCAUCUGGUUUCGCUGCUGCAUGAACAGUCGACCUCUGGAGCGAGCGAUAUCGAUAUCCUCGAAGCACGGGCCUAUCUGGCUACAAUCUCGGGCGCGCUCUGGCUGGAAAAGCGCAAGUGGGAGCAAUGUCUCCAUGACUAUGCCAUCGCACGAGUGAUCUAUACGGCUCUGGGCCAGAGGGUUAAGAAAGAUGCCUUCCGAGACCUUCUUACUGGAACUGUCGACCCCAGCAUGCGCUAUGCCGCCUAUCAGAUGAAGCUUCCUCGCUCCAAGCCGACUUCAUCUUUGGCAAUUGAAUAUUUCCCAUCGGAUUCGGAAAUCCGAUCGGAAGUGGAGAAGAUUGACCCAUCCUGUCUCGCGGAGGAGGCGGCGGGCACGCGGAGAACUGCGGAGGGCGAAGUGCAAAAGUUGCCGGAGUCAGUGACAUGGAGAUCUCGGACUGUUGCGCUGGAGGAUGCUUCUAUUUCUCAGGCUUUGGCUGCAGCCUCGGCCGCAGAGACUGGUCUCGCUGCUUGGCUGGCUGGUGAAGGAAAAUCGGCCGCCGCAAAGGUUCAGGCUGCUGCGUACGACAAUGUCAUCAUUUCCAGUCAAGAUGCUGUCGAUGCUACUAAGACUGCCAUCGAUGACCUGGCCAACGAGGGGGUGGAUGCCGGUGACAAGAGGAUGCAGGCGUUGCAGAUCACCCGGACUGCUGUAAACUACAGUCUAGUUGGAUGGCGUGUUGGCCGCAACCGUGUGUUGUGCGGUGAGCAGGACGGGCUGGCCUUUGAGGACGAACAGGGCAAGAACGGCAAGGAGACAAAGCGCCGCGGAGGCAACGGGAAGAAACUAAACCAACUCCGCGAGCGCAUGGUGCUGUACGACUCCACGUUACAAAGUCUCGACUUUAUUCUCGAGCUGCCGGGUGUGGCGGCCGACUCGGCCUUUGUUCAGGAUCUCGAGGCGAAGCGGCGUUAUUUUCGGGCUCUUAGAUGUCUGGCCCUGGGACGGUCGCAUGGCCUUUUGAGCAAGCCCAAAGAGGCCCUCGCCCUCUUUGCUCAGGCCUUUGAUCUUGCCGACUCCGCAAACUCUCAGGCCUCCGCCAUUGUGGAGGGCCCUCCCCAACUGGAUGUUUCCCGUGCCCAGGUGAAUGCCUUGGCUUCUACACUCCGCGGACUGGUUGCUCAGUAUCGCGGCCUGGUCACUCUGGAACGAUUGGAGUCCGACUCCGGCUCCACCCAGCAGCGACCCGUCGUUGAACGUCUGCAACAAUACCAAGCGGGAACAAAUCUCAGCAACCUGGUGCCAUACCCGCCGCAGAUGCAGCCGGUCCCCGUGAAGCCGCUCUUCCUGGAUGUGGCUUGGAACUACAUCGACUACCCACAUCUUGCAGGAGAGCAGGCUUCGGCUGCGGGUGCGGCUGCGGCGCCCGAGGAGAGGAAGGGUCGUGGCUGGUUCGGCUUUGGACGGUCAUAG